UGCCGGCGGCGCGGGGGGCGGGCUGGGGCGGAGCGCCGGGCGCCGGAGGCUCGGGCUCCGGCUCGGGCUCCGGACCCUGCACCUGUGACUCGGCCACGUUCGCGCUCCGUCCUCCCGGCGCCGCAGCCCCAUGGCCCCGUCCCGACUGCAGCUCGGCCUCCGUGCCGCCUACUCGGGCAUCAGCUCGGUGGCCGGCUUCUCCAUCUUCCUGGUCUGGACGGUGGUCUACAGACAGCCAGGAACUGCGGCUAUGGGGGGUCUCGCAGGUGUGCUGGCGCUAUGGGUCCUGGUGAUGCACAUAAUGUACAUGCAGGAUUACUGGAGGACCUGGCUCAAGGGGCUGCGUGGCUUCUUCUUUGUGGGCAUUUUCUUCUCCGCCGUCUCCAUUGCUGCCUUCUGCACCUUCCUCACAUUGGCCAUCACCCGGCACCAGAGCCUCACAGAUCCCACCAGCUACUACCUCUCCUGCGUCUGGAGCUUCAUUUCCUUCAAGUGGGCCUUCCUGCUCAGCCUCUACGCCCACCGCUACAGGGCCGACUUUGCUGACAUCAGCAUCCUCAGUGAUUUCUGACCCAGGGAUUGAGGUCACUGUGGCCCAGGGGCCCUCAGGACCUGGACUUAGCCUUUGAGGCAUCAGGAGGCCCUGCCCCCACCCCCUGGGGAUCCCAGAACUGUGGCAGAAGAUACAUGGCAGUACGAGUACAGCUUCCCAGGAAGCUGUCUGAUCCCCUUUGGGGGACACCUGGGUGCAGUGGAAAGGGGUCCUGCCUUGUUGCUCAUCAGCCUGGCUGGAGAGCAGCUUUAGACCUUUUCAAAUGGAUCUAUUUUCUUAGCACUUGGUGAGCAAUCUUUGUAAGUAGGGCCAAGGCAACAAAGUCAAAGGGUCAAGGGGUAGAACAGUGAGGCCUUGACCUAUGCCUGGUGCCAGGGGCUAGGGGCAGGUGGGAAAGGGUUGGUCCCUGCUGCCCCAGGCCCUCUCCCUGAGGCUGGGUGGGAACCUGAUGAGGUCACAUCAAGCGGGAAAUCUCUAGUGGAAACCUCUCGCUUCCCACCCCAGCACCCCAACCUGUCAUUCCCCAAGGGUCAGGUAGCUAAAGUCAUCAGUCACAGGAAAGCGACUUUUGGCUCUUUCUCCGAAGCCUGGGGAAUUGAGUGGAGAGUUGUGUCCCUCCUCACACCCUUCCACCCAGAUCUGGUCUCCUGAAAGUGCACUAGGGCCAGACAGCCAUUCUCCCCUCUGCCCCGUCACGUGUACACGUAUACACAACCCAGAGCAGAACUGUUGGAACUAAGGAUGCAAUACCCCCAGAAGGGUAUUGGGAAGGGGGCAACACGGUGCAGGCUGAAAAGAGCCCUAGGCCUUGUGAUUCCACCUGCUCCUCAUUGCACCAGACCAACCCCUCUCACUGCCCUUCAACUAGAGCUUUUAUCUUUUUAAAUCUCCCUCCUGGACAACCUCUGCUUUUCUGCCCAUACACUGGCCCAAGGGCUCAUCACCCUGGGAGGGAAGGGGCUAUGUUACAUGUGUCUUUUUAUAUUAGGUUGUCAUUUUGCACGUGUCUCCUCUUUCUCCACUACCCCCAGCUCUUUGCCUUAUCUGUGUCACUGUCACUUUAGCGGAAAUACAGCGGCCAUUUAUAUCACA